GUGCUGGCCACCCACUCCCUCGUGUGCCGUGCCGGCCUUCAAAGGUGAUCCAACCCAGUUCCACCAUGCCACCACCGUCGCCGCCGCUGCGGCUGCUGCUCCUGCUCCUGUGCGGGGCACCCCAUCUCGGCUCGUCGGGGCCCCUGGGGGCCGCGCGGGCCCCCACGAUCCGUCGACACGCGCACGACGAGGUGGUCCCCGCUGGCGCCCACCUGUCCGUGGAGGUGGCGGCUAAGGUGGUGCUGUCGCUUCGCGGCGGCAACGCCACGCUGCCCUGCCGCUUCUACCCGGCCGAGUCGGGGGGCUCGGCACGGGCGGUGCGAGUCAAGUGGACCCGGCUCCCCGAGCUGGGCGGAGGAGGGAGCGCCGGCGCCGCCAGUGCCGUAGAGGCCGAGACGGAUGUCGUUGCGGCCAUGGGCGGCCUGCACCGCGCGUUCGGCCCCUACCGAGGCCGAGCCAGCCUCCCGCGGGCCGACCACCACGACGCGUCGCUGCUGCUGGCCGAUGUGCGCCUGGCGGACCGCGGCCGCUACCGCUGCGAGGUGGUGGACGGCCUGGAGGACGACAGGGGGGAGGUGGAGCUCGAGCUGGACGGCGUGGUGUUCCCGUACCAGGCGCAGCACGGCCGCUAUAAGCUGUCGUUUGCUGAGGCGCAGGCGGCCUGCGCGGAGCAGGGCGCCACGCUGGCCACGCUGGGGGAGCUGCUGCAGGGCUGGGAGGCCGGCCUCGACUGGUGCAACGCGGGCUGGCUGGCCGACGGCUCGGUGCAGUACCCCGUCACCGUGCCCCGCGAGCCCUGCGGAGGGAAGGCGACGCCGGCCGGCCUGCGCAGCUACGGCUUCCGGCACCGCACGCCCCAACGCUUCGACGCCUUCUGCUUCGCGGCUGCCAUCAAAGGCGAGGUCUACUACCUAGAGCGGGCCGGCACGCUUCCGUUCCCCGCGGCGGUGCUCGCCUGCGCCGCCGCCGGCGCUUCCCUGGCCACGGUGGGGCAGCUCUACUCGGCGUGGCACCACCACGACCUGGACCGCUGCGACGCCGGCUGGCUCGCUGAUGGCAGCGUGCGCUACCCCAUCGUGAGCCCGCGCGACAACUGCGGCGGCGGGGAGCCCGGCGUGCGCACCCUGGGCUUCCCCUCCAAGCUGCAGGGCCGCUUCGGCGCUUACUGCUACCGGGAGGCAGCACCUGCCACUUAGAUUUUCGCGGUGUAAUGGCGCUCGUUUAAACGUUCUCGGCAGCUCACUUCUCAUCUCAAUCAUUCAAAUGCCCUGCUGCGGUUUAGCCUGGGGGACCCGAGUGGCAGCUGUCCCUGCGCGGUGCAAUGUGUGCAGGCGGCACCAGCCUGCACAUGGUCAUUGGUGUGCCAGUGAGGAAUAAGGGUUUACGUUUACAGGGUGUUUAAGUGCCUUUAAGUGCUUUGUUUCACAUCUCGUCUCAACCAUUUACCAAUGCUCUGCUGCAGUCUGGCUUUGGGCAACCCCAAUGGUAGCUGUCCCUGUGCGGCACAAGGUGUACGCAGCACCAGUCUAUGAGAAUUAUUGUACCCACCCUCUCCCAUUGCACAUAUGGGACAGGCAGAACUAGUACCAAGUGUUUUUACAUGAGCUUUUAUCUGAAAGUGAGAUCCAGAAGUUGUGUCUGGCACUGCACUAGCAGUGGCUGCGGUGGCAGCGAGCCCUUCAUGGGCCUACUCUCCGAUCUCGCCGUUGUAAUCGAUUCCCCCGUGGUGGACUUUUCUCUGGGUCCACCGGUUUUUCCCUCCACAUCCGUUUAGAGUAUUUGGCUACUAUAAAUUUCCACAUGAUAAGCCACUUCAUUAGGCUAUCAUUUUUGGCAAGGUCACUUCUGAUAAAGGGUUAUAUAGCUUAACGGGCCUUACCUGGUAGAAUAAAAGUAGUUUUAAAGGAGUAGAAAAGCCAAUCUCAAGGUCGAAAUGUCAUUGUGGCCACGGGGUGGAAAUUUGAAAAAUAAACACGUGUCCACCCCAUUGUCACUCCACUGCUGGAUGAGGGCCUGCCCACGCCGUGCAGGUGGUACGGGCUAUUUUAGCGUACCGUACGUUGGUCAUAGCUUGUUGGUGAAGAUCGACAGCAGAGUGGUGGAAGCAAAGAAGUACAGUACAAUCGUAGAUUUUGGUACACUUCCCUCUGCUAUAUAUGUUGAACUUCUUUCGCACCAUAUGUAGCUAACCGUGCUAAUCAGAGGUGCUCACCACUCAACCUCUGAUGCCUGUUUGUCCACAGUGAUCGCCCAUCCAAGCACUAACCAGGCUCAAAAUCCUACUUAGCUUCCAAGAUCUGGCGAUAUCUCGUGUGUUCCAGAUUUAUUUGGUCACAGGCUCAAUUUAAACUCGAUAAAAAAAAUCACCGCACACGGAGCAGACGUUUUGAUAAUUUAUUUCCAAGAUUGAGAAGGAUAAACGUUAAGCGCCACCAGGUAAGAUUGCAUUCUAAUAGAUAAAACACACACAGAGACACACAUACACAGGUGUUGUUAAAAACUGUGUUCGCUGAGCGUAAACCUGACGUGAGCCCGCAUGUACCGUGCCGCCCAUAGACGAGGACCAGGUUGUGUAAAAAUGGCAAAUCUGUUAUAUAUUGGGAAAUAUAGAUGGCAAACACUCUGUACUGUGUAUAUAGAAUGUUGUAUUCUAUAUAUUAAGACAACGUACUCACAAUAAGCCAUAGCAAUGCUUUGAAGAAUAUCGUAAUACUUUCCAAUGUGAUUUGUGCAUGGUCGUUCGUGGCCGUCGCCAUGUGCGACGGCGUUUUGAUCCGUGGCGUGGCGUGUCGGUAACGUGCAUCACGCAUUGUAUCAUCACUUCACGCGCGCACCCACGGUGCAGCGGCGGGCAGGAAGCUUCUCCUCGCCGAGGGGCCGACAUGUACUUUCAGGUCCCUUUGGCAGCGAGCAUGACCUGGGGUUGCCACCUCCGAGGUGCAACAACAACAAUACCGGUUCAGUUCAGCUCAGUUCAUUUAUUUGGUAUAGCCCUGUGAGCCAUUCGGCUCUUGAAUCGGGUGCAACCGCAACAAACAAAAACAUGAACAAGAAACGUCUUAAAGUGACUACGCACAACACAAAAAUCCAGGAUAAAAACAGCAAAGUCUUCCAGAAAACGCACCACGUAUCAACGUUGUGUGCAAAAAUCCCAGUGGGAUGCAAGUCAAACAAUAACAACCAUAAGACAAUUUAGAUUACAGUUACCAGUCUAACUCUGUGUACUACAACAAACAAAAUGGCUAAACCAGAACCUUUUCGAAAUCACCAAAAUAAAGCUCUAAAAAUAAUGUAACAGUGAUCAUAGGAACUGUGAUUUCCAAUUUAACAAUAAACGAUAUACGUGACAUGUACGACCAAACGUUGCAAGCCACAGCAUCAUGAGAGGAGACCUCAACAUACCCUACUUCAGACCUUUAACGUAAUAUAGCUAGGAAGACCGGUGACACCGCAAGGAACAAGAGGAAUAUCUUGCAAUGCCGGCAGAGGUGGCAACAGCGUGUGUGAAUGCAUCGCGUUGAGCGGUGGGGAUUACUACGCCACUGUGCUAAUACCGGGGACUCAAGGUGCUAACAAAUGUCCCGGGAAAACCAGGCCAAGUGUAACGCCAGAAUUGCCACACACGGGCCCAAGACACUUGGGUCACCGCAAAGGGCCCUUACACAGGGGCAAAAGUGACUUGAGUACAGUGCCAAAAAUAUAAACACAUUGUUGUUGUUGCCAGGUCUAAAAUGUCCCCUCUGGUACCCGAAUAGUGUGGUCAGGGUGCUUGCAGCAUACAACCCAUAAGGUUACCCGUCUUCUUGAAGAAGGAAAUUGAGUUUUCAGGUCCACACGGUGUACAGCCGUUGCAAUACGGGCACAUUUAUUUUGUGUCUGUUAUUCUCCCUUGUGAUGGGACUUUGUCGUAUGAACGUUGAGGUUUAUAAGGGCACGGGGUGACCAAUACGGCCUGAAUAGGUCUGUAUGUAACAAGGUAGGCACCGAUGAGGGGUUGACAGCUCUGUUGUAGUGACGGCAUUAACAUCGUUUGUACAUCGUUAGUGGCCGCGGGCCGUAUGAAAUGAAGCCGCAGGUCCAGAGAAUAUAGCCCACGGGCCGCCGUACGCUCCCCAGCACUGCCACACAAUAUAUACGCGUACAGGACUCCCACUUAUCCGCGACCUUUUUACUCACCACUUAUAUUAUCCGCGGCUCCUAUUUUUCUUCCUAUUAUCCGCGCGCGCGCACCGAUUAUGCGCUGCGAAUCGGCUUCCAAAUACUGGCGGUUUUCCGCGGACUAGAGGAGUCCCGGCGUGUCGCAAAUCCAUCCGAUAAUCCGCGGGGGUUGUCUGCGAAGUUUAACGACGGCCACGGCGGCAAACACCGCGGAUGACCCCGCGGAUGAGAGGGUCCCCCAAUAAUAACCGGAGGAGUUCUGCAUACAGCACGAAAUCCGCGUGGAACAAUAACUAACUCUUUUGCUUCUGUAAUAUUUUUUUUACGUAUAUAUUUUAAAUAUUAUUCGUUUAUGUAAUGUCUCCCCGUUCUGUAGAGAAUAAAACUCACCAAGACGCGCACACACAACCUCCUCAAGACGAGUCAAAUAAAGGGUUUAGACUGUUGUUGUUGUUUGUAGAACUCUAAGGACCGGAGACUUCGUAGUAACGCCCUGCGGCAUUGGGACUUGUGUGGGGCCCACUGUUUAACACUCCAAUCAUCGUUUUGUUGCUUUAGUUUCAGUAUUCAACAUAUUUGUAUUUUCCCCCAAACCAAUACUGUUCAAUAAUAACCACAAGGCAGCGCCACGUCUCCCGUGUAGUGCGGGAGGAUCAUUUUCAGCGGCUGCGGCCUGUUGCCUCGAACGUGUUUUACGUGCAAUAAUUGACACUUUUUAAAAUACAAGUCCCGCAGAGUCUUC